AUGGUGUACCCCUUGCAAGGUUUUAUCAGUAUUGACUGUGGGGCAACUAAUGCAUACACUGAUGAUGACAUCGGAAAAAGAUACGAAACCGAUGAAUGGUUCAUAGACUCUGGUCAAAACAAGCAGAUAUCCACAAGGUUCAUAUCUGAAGGCUUUCGACAGUAUUGGAAUAAUUUAAGGAGUUUUCCCAACGGAAAGAGAAAUUGUUACACUUUAAAACCAGACCAAGGCAAGAACAACACCUACUUGAUUAGGGCAUCGUUUUGGUAUGGAAACUAUGAUGAAAAUAAUCAGACUCCUUCAUUCGACCUAUACAUUGAUGUUAAUUAUUGGACCACGGUUGUGAGCGACUUGGAUGGUGGUUAUGAAGAAAUCAUGUAUGUGUCCCCGGCAGAUGAUAUACAAGUUUGUCUUGUCAAUACUGGCAACGGGGUGCCCUUCAUUUCGGCAUUGGAACUAAGACAUCUUGAUGAUGAUGGCAUCUAUCGAUUAAAAUCUGGAUUCUUGGAACUCUUUAGGCGACGGGACAUUGGAGGUGCCUUGGACUCUUUCAUCAGGUAUCCCGACGAUGUUUACGAUCGAAUUUGGGAAACUGAAAACUAUACUGCUUGGAUUUUUCUGGACACCACAUCUGGCAUUUAUUCAUCUGAUGAAAUUGAUGCUUAUAAGGUUCCCAGUAAAGUUCUUCAGACCGCUCAAAGUACAAUGAGUGCCAGUACUCCCUUGUCUUUAGAAUGGUCACCUUCAAGCUUUGAAAAGAAAUGGAUUGUGUACUUUUAUUUCGUUGAGAUUGAGAGUUUGACAAACGAUCUCCAGAGGGAGUUCACAAUUUCCAUAAAUGAUAAUCAAUUCAUGGGGAGAGUGAGCCUUGAAUACUUAAAGCCAGUGGUUGUAGUCUCUACUCCUGUUGAUGGGUCGUUCAUCAACUUCUCGAUUGAAUCAACAAAUAAGUCUGGAAAUCCACCGAUCCUCAAUGCCUUGGAGCUCUAUACCAUUCGUGAUCUUCCAAAUGUACCCACAGCACAAGAUGAUGUGAAAGCUGUUAAUGACAUCAAAACAGCAUAUCACAUUCAGAGAGAAAGCUGGCAAGGCGACCCAUGUGUACCAAACAUUUACACAUGGGAUGGUCUAGAUUGUAGUUAUGGAAAUCCUCCAACGAUUAUAUCAUUAGAUUUGUCCGAUAAUCAGCUUACAGGAGCAAUACCAGAAACUCUGGCAGAAUUACCAAAUCUUAGAUUUCUAAAUUUGAGCGGAAAUAACCUGAUUGGAUCGAUUCCUGAAGCUCUUAAGAAAAGGGUUGUGGACAAAACUUUAAACAUGAGUUUGGCAGGAAACAAGAAUCUUUGCCUAGCCGAUCCUUGCCCGCAAAAGAAGAAACAAAAUUCAAUCCUCGUUCCAGUUGUUACAUCAGUUUCAGGCUUCUUUUUAGUUCUCUUUGGUGCUUUGGCUAUUGCUUGGUUAAUUAAACGAAAACGAAGAGCAGAAUCUAGUGAAAUGACGUUGACAUUAAAGAAUCGACCUUUCAAGUAUAGAGAGGUUUCAAGAAUUACUGGAAAUUUUGGACGAGUAAUUGGUGAAGGUGGAUUUGGAAAGGUUUAUCUUGGUACACUAGAUAAUGGCACCACAGUUGCUGUGAAGACUCUCUCUAAAUCAUCAAAGCAAGGGUACAAGGAAUUUCAAGCCGAGGUGCAACUCUUAAUGCUUAUUCAUCACAGAAACUUGGUUUCUUUGUUUGGAUAUUGUGGUGAUUCUAGGCACAUUGCUUUAAUAUAUGAAUACAUGGCCAACGGAAAUUUAAGGCAACAUUUAUCAGAGGACCAUCCGAAGGUCUUGAUGUGGAGUAAGAGACUACAAAUAGCUGUGGAUGCAGCAAAAGGUUUGGAUUAUUUGCAUAAUGGUUGCAAGCCACCCAUCAUCCAUAGAGACUUGAAGACUACGAACAUUUUGUUGAACGAAGAUUUUGGCCUGUCAAAAACUUUUGUGACUCAAAACGACUCUUAUGUGUCAUCUUGUCCCGCGGGCACUCCUGGCUAUGUUGACCCCGAGUUUCAUUUUUCUGGAAUCUUUAAUAGGAAGAGUGAUGUUUAUAGUUUCGGAAUCAUACUCUUUGAAUUGAUCACAGGCCGACCUGCAAUAAUGAGAAGCUAGGAUGGCAAUGCCAACAUGCACAUACUUCAAUGGUUGAUUCCUAUUGUUGAAAGUGGUGAUAUAGAGAGGAUUAUGGAUCCAAUGUUACAAGGAAAAUUCAACGUCAACUCGGCUUGGAGAGUAACGGAGAUCGCUAUGUCCUGUACGCGAUCAACAGCAAGUCAAAGGCCGGACAUAAAUGAUGCAUUGGCAGAGUUGAAAGAGCCUUUGGUGAGCAAAUCAAGCGGCACCUUUGAUGAAAUGACCUCCCUAGAGGUCCAUUCUGACAAUGCCCCUAUGGCAAGGUAGUAGAACUUUUCCAAUCCAUAAAGGCUUUGUCAACAAAUUUGUACU